AUGUUAUGCGAAUCCAUUCCCAAUGCUACAACAAUGCUAUGCGAAUCCAUUUCCAAUGCCACAACAAUGCUAUUCGAAUCCAUUCCCAAUGCCACAACAAUGCUAUGCGAAUCCAUUCCCAAUGCUACAAAAUACUAUGCGAAUCAAUUCCCAAUGCCACAACAACAAUGCUAUGCGAAUCCAUUCCCAAUGCUACAACAAUGCUAUGUGAAUCCAUUCCCAAUUCUACAACAAUGUUAUGCGAAUCCAUUCCCAAUGCUACAACAAUGCUAUGUGAAUCCAUUACCAAUGCCACAACAAUGCUAUUCGAAUCCAUUCCCAAUGCUACAACAAUGCUAUGUGAAUCCAUUACCAAUGCUACAACAAUGCUAUGUGAAUCCAUUCCCAAUGCCACAACAAUGCUAUGCUAAUCCAUUCUCAAUGCCACAACAAUGCUAUGUGAAUCCAUUCCCAAUGCUACAACAAUGCUAUGUGAAUCCAUUCCCAAUGCUAUAA